CCUGUUCGGAUCCACUAACCUAUUCCAUCCACUCUCUCCCUUCAAUGAAUUCUCCAAGCAACAAGGAGAUAGAGAAAGAGCUUCUUCCACUUAUAAGAGUCUAUAAAGAUGGAACAGUGGAACGCCUCCUAAGCUCUCCAAAUGUGUCACCCUCCCCUCAAGACCCAGAAACGGGGGUCUCAUCAAAAGAUAUUGUCAUCUCCCACAACCCAUUCCUCCCUGCUCGCAUUUUCCUCCCCAAAACACCUCUUAGUCUCCCAAUCUUCGUCUACUUCCACGGUGGGGCCUUUUGCGUUGAAUCAGCCUUCUCCUUCUUCUGCCACCGUUACCUUAACCUCUUAGUCUCCGAAGCAAACGUAAUAGGCGUGUCCAUCGAUUACAGACUCCUUCCACACCACCCUCUUCCUGCAGCAUACGAAGAUGGUUGGACUUCACUCCAAUGGCUGGCUUCCCACGUCACCAACAACCCCACCAACGCGGAGCCGUGGUUACUUACCCACGGUGAUUUUAGCAAAGUCUACAUAGGGGGUGACACCAGCGGUGCAAACCUUGCACACAACUUGGCCAUGCGUGCUGGAACAGAGACAUUGGUCGGUAAUCUUAAAAUAGAGGGUGCUAUGUUGUGUUGUCCCUUUUUCUGGGGUUCGAAGCCAAUUGGGUCAGAGGGUGUUGACGAGCACGAGCAGAGUUUGGCCAUUAAGGUGUGGAGCUUCGUGUACCCGAAUGCAGUUGGUGGAAUCGAUAACCCUAUGGUCAAUCCUUGUGCUCCUGAGGCACCUAGCUUGGCCACCCUUGGGUGCUCCAAGAUGCUCAUUGCUAUCACUGGGAAAGAUGAGUUCAGAGAUAGGGAUAUUCUUUACUACGAGACUGUGAAGAAAAGUGGGUGGCAGGGUGAACUCCAGAUGUUUGACGCUGGAGAAGAGGAACAUGGUUUUCACAUCUUCAAGCCCGAAACUGAUGGAGCCAAAGCCAUGAUCAAACGUUUGGCUUCUUUUCUCGCAUGA